AUAGGUCAUUGACCUGUAGAUCACGGUGGAAGUUUGAAGGUCCUCUUGCAAGUUCUACUGAACCAAACACCACUGCUCAAGUUGGGAGUUCUGCAACAAGAAUUUGCAGACAUGGCUGAGUACUCCACCUAUGGAUCAGUGGCGGUACUGCAGGUGAACAAUCCACCAGUGAACUCCUUCAGCCACCAUGUACGCCAGGGUCUGGUGGAUGGGCUGGAGAAGGCCCUGCGUGAUCCGUCCAUCCGUAGUAUCGUCAUAGCUGGGAAAGGCCGAACCUUCCCCGUGGGUCUCCCUGAGGUGCACCUGGGGGUGCUGCCAGGUGCAGGAGGAACCCAGCGGCUGCCGAGGGUGGUCGGGAUUAAGACUGCCAUCCAGAUGAUCACCAGCGGCCAGCACAUCAAUGCAAAACAGGCCCUUUCUCUUGGCCUGGUGGACAAGAUAGUUCAAGGUAACCUUCUAAAGGAGGCCAUCAGAUUCGCGCAGUCCAUCGAAGGUCGUCCGGUAGAGGGCAGACGGAUCAGCCACCAGACCGUGCCAGACGCAGACAAGGUGGAAGAGGUGGUGGAGGCAGCGCGAAAGACGAUUUUACGCAGGGCUCGUGGAGCCAUUGCCCCGAUGACUUGCGUACAGGCCAUUCGGGCUUCCGUCCUACCCUUUGACCUCGGGAUGCAGCGAGAGAGAGAACUGAUGACAUUCCUGAUGACAUCGUGGCAGGCGCCCGCCCAGCAGUACGCAUUCUUCUCGGAGCGGGAGGUUCGUAGGUGGAGCCAUCCCCGCGACAAACGUGUCAACUUCAAAACUGCCAAGCCAAGGGUUAUCAAAAGUGUGGGGGUGGUUGGUGCAGGCACCAUGGGGGUGGGGAUCACCAUCAGCCUGCUGCAGGCAGGCCUCAAGGUCGUGUUGCUAGAGGUCAACAAGAAACAGCUGGACAAAGCUAUCACCAUGAUCCAGAAGACUCUGAGCCAGAAGUCUGCCUCCCAGAGGAUGUCCCAGCUGAUCACUACCAUGGACUACAGCCAGCUCAGCGAUGUGGACAUGGUGAUCGAGGCGGUGUUUGAGAGUUUGAAGCUGAAGAAGGAAGUUUUCAAGAAGCUGGACGCCAUCACCAAACCCCAGGCUAUCCUCGCAUCCAACACGUCUGGACUUGACAUCGACAAGAUAGCGGCUGUGACCAAGCGUCCUGACAAAGUUGUUGGGACUCAUUUCUUUUCCCCUGCCAACGUGAUGCGUCUUCUGGAGAACAUCUACGGGAAGCACACGUCCCCGGAGACCAUCGCCACGGCAAUGCAGCUGGGUGUGACCAUUGGGAAGGUGGGGGUGUUGGUGGGGAACUGUUCAGGCUUUGUGGGGAACCGCAUGUUGGGUCCGUACAGGGCGGAGUCCUUGUUUCUGUUAGAGGAGGGGCUGGAGCCGCAAGACGUGGAUAAGGCUAUAGAGGAGUUUGGGUUUCCGAUGGGCCCUUUCCGCAUGUCGGACCUUGCUGGUGGAGACAUUGGAUGGAGAGGGCGCAUCGAGAAGGGCCUCACCACGGAACAGGGGCCGCCACCCGAUACCCCUCCGCUGUAUCGUCAUGGUAACCGGUACUGUCCGCUACCAGACAUGCUGUGCAUGAAGGGUCGCCUGGGGCAGAAGACUGGGGCAGGAUGGUACAGGUAUGAGCCGGGUAGCCGUGCAGCCCUGCCCGACCCUGUCGUGACCCAGAUGAUCCAUGAGUACAGACAGGAGCAUGGCUUCAAGAAGAGGAACAUCUCAUCCCAGGAGAUAGUGGAGCGUUGUCUGUACCCUCUCAUCAACGAAGGGUUCCACAUCUUGGAUGAGGGCAUUGCUGCUCGCUCCAUGGACAUCGAUGUCAUCUAUCUGUUUGGCUACGGAUGGCCCAGGCACACUGGAGGACCGAUGUACUAUGCAGAGAGGGUUGUAGGCCUUGAGAGGAUCCUGCGUAGUCUGGAGACGUACCAGGCCCGGUACCCCGACCAUCACCUUCUGCAGCCCAGCCCUCUGCUGAGGGACAUGGUCGCCAAGGGAACCAGCCUGGCAGCACAUGGGGCAGACAGCAAACUCUGAGAUGUCCACAGUGGAAACCAACAUAGACCAGCUUUUUUUCUGUUGCUUAGGACUAAAUGACAAGUGCUGCUGCCAAGUAGUUCCCACAACAUUUUGUUACUGUCACAAAACUAACUAGAGUACCAACCGGGAGGUUAAAGAAGCCUCCUUGGAAAAUUAUGGAUCCUGUAAAAUGGGUCUAAAAACGAGAAAAAAGCAGAGACGUAUGGGUCCAGACCUAAAUGCCUUAAAUGUAUCAACAAAUUCAGCCAGUGAAUUGUUAGAGUGUGUGGUGCAUGACAGCUUGACAAUGAAGACUAACAAAUUUUUAAAUAAUUGUCUUCAUCAAUGAUUGUUGGUCCACUAUAUGUUAAGGUUUAACUAUGAUGGCAGUCAAAUCAUUGUUGCAGGAAUAUGAUGACAAUAGAUUAUAUGCUUUUAGCACUGAUAAGUGCAAUGUAUGACAUGAAUUAGGAAGUGUUGAUAUAUUACCUGUUUCCAGAUUGCCCACAAAAUGGUUUGCUGAAAUAAUUAUAUGGACACUGAUAUUGAAGCAACAAGUAAAAAUGCUUGAAAAUGUAUGAAAACAUACAGACAAUGUAGAACAUACUACAGAAGUGACAGAAGUCUCAAAGUUUAAUUUCACACAUGAUUAUCAUGGCAGUUUCUUUUCAUACAAGCCAGCCUGCAGCACAUAGGAUGAGAUGUACAAAAAUUAUGAAAAAAUGUAAAAUAUAUCUGAAAGAUAAAAAUUUAUAUGAUAGCAAUCAUUAUAUCGAAAUUAUACUAUAUCUCAAUAAAGCUAAUUAGUUUUAUAUAAUUAUAUAGUUUUAU